UGGAGGCGUGGCCUGCAUGGGGCGGGGCGGAGCGGGAGAGACUAGAGGCAGCGCCUGGAAGAGCUGGCGUCGCUCCCCUCCGGCGACUGAGCCAGGUGUGAGGGCGUGACGGCUGCGCAUUCGCGGGAAAAGAGCGAUGGGUGAGAACGCUGCACCAGGUCUGAUCUCAGAGCUGAAGCUGGCUGUGCCCUGGGGCCACAUCGCAGCCAAAGCCUGGGGCUCCCUGCAGGGCCCUCCAGUUCUCUGCCUGCACGGCUGGCUGAACAAUGCCAACUCCUUCGACAGACUCAUCCCUCUUCUCCCGCAAGACUUUUAUUAUGUUGCCAUGGAUUUCGGAGGUCAUGGGCUUUCGUCCCAUUACAGCCCAGGUGUCCCAUAUUACCACCAGACUUUUGUGAGUGAGAUCCGAAGAGUUGUGGCAGCCUUGAAAUGGAAUCAAUUCUCCAUUCUGGGCCACAGCUUCGGUGGCAUUGUGGGCGGAAUGGAAGUGGAGAACUUGCUGACCUACAAGCGGAGAGCCAUAGAGCACAUGCUACAGGUAGAGGCCUCCCAGGAGUCCUCGAGCGUGUUAAGCCUGAAGCAGCUGCUGCAGAGGUUACUGAAGAGCAAUAGCCACUUGAAUGAGGAGUGCGGGGAGCUCCUCCUGCAAAGAGGAACCACGAAGGUGGCCGCAGGUCUGGUUCUGAACAGAGACCAGAGGCUAUCCUGGCCUGAGAACAGUGUUGACUUAGUCAGCAGGGAGCUGUAUGCGCAUUCCAUCAGGAAGCUGCAGGCCCACGUCCUGUUCAUCAAAGCAGUCCACGGAUAUUUUGAUGUGAGAAGAGAGAAUUACUCUGACAAGGAGUCCCUGUCGUUCAUGAUACACACGCUGAAGUCCACCCUCAAAGAGCGGUUCCAGUUUGUGGAAAUUCCAGGCAAUCACUAUGUCCACAUGAGCGAACCCCAGCACGUGGCCAGUAUCAUCAGCUCCUUCUUACAGCACAAGCACGUGCUCACAGCCUAGCUGUAGCUCUGGGCCUGGAACUAUGACGACCUCGUGCUGCCAGACUCAACACUGGGAAUGUGAGUUCCUGAGCCCUGCAAUAAGGCCAGGUGUGGUAGGGACAGGCCUUACUGGUCUUGAAGCCCAGCCUAGGGUGUAGUCAGGGGAAGGAGUGAGACUCCAACU